CGCUGCAGGGCGGUAAAUUCCUGGCAGGCGCCGGGCGCGGCUGUGCGCGCGGACCCCUAGCCGCUCCCGGGCCGCGGGCGCAGAGCGCGGCGGGCGGAGCAGCCGCAGCGGGGAAAGUUGCCGCGCCGCGCCGCGCCGCGCCGCGCCGUGCCAUGCGGGGCGGGCUCGCCCUGCCGCGCCGCCCCCCCGCGCACACUGCGGACAGCAGCUGCCGGCCGCGCCCCGGCCCGCCCCGGCCCCGGCCCCGGCCCCGGCCCCAGCCCCGGCGCCCCUGAGCCCGCGGGACAUGCCGCUGCAGCCGCCCGGCCGGGCGCCGCCGGAGAGGAAAAUGAGAACUGUUACUCCAGCGUGACCUGUAUUUCCAAGUCACUAGCAAAUAACACUGCAGGAGGAAGGGGGGAAAAAAAGAAAAAGAAAAAGCAAUAUGGAUGGUUUAAUUGAACAGAACAGUGUGCUAAUGCACAGUAAAAUCAGUGAAGCUGGGAAAAGGAAUGGCUUAAUUAACACAAGGAACUUAGUGGCAGAGAACAGAGAUGGCCUUGUCUCUGUGUACCCAACCCCACAGUAUCAGAGCCACAGAGCAGGAAACCUGCCCCCUCAGGGCUGCCUGGAGAAUGGAAAGAAUGACUCUGUGCAGCAGCUGCUUGACCCCAACACGUUGCAGCAGACUGUGGAGUCCCACUACCGUCCCAACAUCAUCUUGUACUCAGAGAACAUGCUGCGUGCAUGGGGGGACAGCGUGAGUACUGAAUGCUGCGAGACCACCUUCAUUGAGGACUGCUCACCCACCAAGGACAGCUUGGAGUAUCCUGACAGCAAGUUCAUUGACCUCUCAGGUGAUGACAUCAAGAUCCAUACCCUCUCCUAUGACGUGGAGGAGGAGGAGGAUUUUCAGGAGCUGGAGAGUGAUUACUCCAGUGAUACAGAGAGCGAAGACAACUUCCUGAUGAUGCCACCCCGAGACCAUCUUGGCCUCAGCGUCUUCUCUAUGCUCUGCUGCUUUUGGCCACUGGGGAUUGCUGCCUUUUACCUGUCGCAUGAGGGAACAUCAGGAUCUCUGCUGGUGAGACAAGUGGCGAAACCUGGGAAGAGGAGCUUGUCCAGGGCCAGCGUCAGAGACCCAGCUGGAUGGCAGAUGAGGUGGCUGACCUCUUGGCCAUUUGGGGCCAAGAGGACACAGUUUGACAGUUCAAAACAGGCCACCGCAAGGAGCACAUCUUCUGGGCAACAGCUGCCCAGAUGGCAGAGUGGGGGCACCCCAUCUGGGCCUGUCAGGCAUGCAGCCAUGGGGCUGUACAUCAAAGAGGGUAGGUGCUGUUGCAGGUGGCAGCACCCCACACUGCCAGGCUGCUGCAGUGGGUAGAGGAUGCAGAGGCUACUCCAGGCUAGGGCUACUAUAGCAGUUCAGCUGGCACAAGGGGUAGUGUCCCCACACACCAACUGGCUGGCCCUCGGAAGCUCCUGAAGGCAAGUAGCCCUGAGCUGCUCACCAGGGCAGGUUUUUAUAUUGCCGGGGCCAGCACAGGGCAGGUUUUUCUAUGGCUGGGUCCAGCACAGGUGCUAGCCCCAGCUUCUACUUCCCCCUGGCUGAAGAUCCAGGAAGAACUGGACAGGGCCAGUUUGCUGGAAGUGGCACAACUUGCCUGACAUCAAAGUGCAUGUCCAGGCAUGAGCUGAGGCAAAAAUCUCUGGCACAAAUUUGUGCCACUUCUAUUUGCGCUAGUGCAAGUGCACAUGCCUGCAUGUGUGGACAUGCCCGAUAAGACUUUUAAUGUCUUAAUGUCAUUUCUUUGUUUUUAACUAAUUGAUGUUUGUGGGGAAAAAGCAAAUGAUUUGACGCUACAAAGCAUGCACUUAGCAACCUUAUGUGGUGUCUUAACUAAUUUGGAAACAGCAUGGGAUAAUUAAUAUAAUUAAUACUGUUACUCUAGAAUUGGGCCCUUUUGUGCAAAGCAUAGCCCCUGAAGAUCAUGGGCAGCUGUCCCUGUUCAAUAUAUAACUAUUGGUUGAGUUCUAGGACACACCAAUUUCUUUUGGUUUCCUUGCCAUUCCAAUAAAAACAAAAAACAAAACAAAAAAAAAAGUAGACUUUAAUCAACCCAAGGGAAAAAAAAAAGAAGAGAAGUGUCCACCAAUGCCUCAGGGUGGAAGUUGUGUUCUUUGAGGAGAGCUUAUGAGGAUGGAUGUCCUGACCAGCGGCCUGCUGUGAUGGUCAUUUGUACUGAGAGCUGCUGCUUGGUGCAAAGAGUGGAUAGAUGGAAAUGUGUGUUGGACUUUUGUCAGGAGGAUGUCAUGGCAGAUUGGUAAGUGCUUCUCACUACAGUGUCACAUUCAUGUUAAAGGCUGCUCCUGUUGACUAAGUUGUGCAUGGACAUCUGGCCAUUCAGGUUGGGGCAUCAAAGGCAGCCAGGUGUGUUUCAGGCCACAUCACUUUAUUGUGUGCUAUUGUCUACAGAUAAUGGCAUACCUUAGCCAUGCUAGCCUGAUAGGCCUUGUAGGCUCGGGGCAGGGGGCGUAGAUUUUGUUUUAUGAAAUGACUGGUUGGGCUCCCAGGGCUCAUGGUAAAGGUGAUAUCUUUUAUUAAACCAACAAGAUUUUUGCAAAACAUGUUCUUUAAUUGCAAGCUUUCGCAUACAAACACCCUUCAUCAGACAUCAGAGAAAAGAUUGUAAAAGUUCUCCUGAGUAGAAAUGAAAGUUCAUAUUUCAUAGGAUUUCACAGAGUUAGUAGAUGGAAAGCUCCUCUGGGCAGGCAGUUCUUAGCUGGUGAAGAGUCUCUCAGCUCUUCUGUGAGGCUCUGUUAUGAUGCAAAUUACCUCGAACCAAGGCAGGAGCACUACCUCAGGUUUCAGGUGGUCACAGUUCCUUCUUCUAUGGGAAAAUAUAAAGAUUUCAUUUUAAAAAUCAACUAGAAUUCAAUGUCUUCCAUGUGUCAGGUAUCCAGGUUGUAGCCAUAUGGGUCUAGAGGAAAAUGCAAUCGGGGCUCAUGGUAGAGAUGAUGUCUUUUCUUAAACCAACAAGAUUUUUGCAAAAAAUUCUUUAAUUGCAAGCUUUCAUUUUCAUUGGGCUUCCAGGCUUUUCUACAUUAUGGGAACAGCAGGUCCUGGAGAGUACAGGAUCAAGCCUACUCCACCCAGCCAUGCCUGCUGUUGCCCUCCAGACCUGAAAAUUUGCUAGUGAGCUUGCUCCAGCCUUGUCUCUAUGUUCCCCUUCUUGAGCCCUCAGUUUCCAGUAGGCCUCAGCGUAGAUCCAGAGCAGUCUCACUGGUGAAGCCCUGCAUUCCUGUGGGUACAAAUGGAUGAAGUAUAUAGCGGGCACAUUCAGCUCCAUCUUAGUCAUGUCCAAACAUUGCCAUGGUGCAGAGAAGCCCCCAGCUGCUGUGGCUGGGCACUUGAAUUGUUCUCAAAGAAAAGAAUGCCGUAUGUGACUUAUCACAUGCAUGACUGUAGGCUAUUUGUCUAUUUAAAAAUAUGCUGUCUUCCCAUCACCUGAGCCCCUGAUUGCCUUCCACAUCAAAUCAACAGCAAAUCAAUGUUAGUCCCCUCUAUAGUAUGACAAUGCAUAUCACCUUUCUGAAUCCCACCAGUAACAAAUCCUGAAAACCUUGUAAAAAAGAAAAUACCAACAACUCUGUAACAAAUUGCAUUUCACUUUGGAAAAGAAGAGAAGGGGAGGAGCAUCUGCAAAAUUUAAGACCUUUUACCAGUAAGGACACACAGUGAAAUGAGGUGCAUUGCCAGAAGGCUGAGAGCUGAGAUAGAAGAGUACCCCUUGCCUGCAGGGACCUUAUUUGCAAAGCAGCUGUUACAGGUGUGAAUCCCUACCCAGGGCCCCAAAAUGAUAGGAGUCAUACAUAUUUACAAACGGCAGCAGCAAGGACAUCUAGGAAUAAAGUCAGAGAAGGCCUUUUUUCCCAGAUGUCCUCAUGCUAGGAAACAAGUGCCCAGUCCUUCCCUAGCUGCCAACAGCAGAAGCUAAAAAAAAAUUUUAAAAAGGACUGCCUAGGCUGCAAAGAAAGCUGAUAGCCUGCAAGUCAAAAACAGAACAUAGUGAAAAUAACAGCCCUAGGGAAUCAUAUGCCCAAAAAUCUUGCCCUCUGCCAAAGGCAGAAGAAACUUAUCUAUGUCCCUGAAGAAAGCAGUUGUGACUGUAUCCAUACAGACACACACACAGAACAGAUGUGGAGGGUAAAAAGGUAUCUUGUUACACACAUAGACACAGGGACACUCAACAAACUUGAUUUGAAUUAACUUUUAGUUAAAUCCACUGUGUAGAUGUGCUUAGUCAAAAUUAAAGUCUCUUUAAUUUGAUUUAAGUUUAUUUCCUUCCCAGCGUGAGCUCAGCUAAAUUGAAUGAAGGCCACUUUCAUUCUGAAUAAUGACACCCAUGCAGGGGUUUCAUGCAGUUUUAACUGAUCCACUUUAUAAUCAUACUUUUAGUUCAUAGGGAAUAAUUUUCCUCAGUAUUGCCAGAGAGGCCAGCUCCUAGUCAUUUUCCAAAGUUAAAGUUCACUCUAUGUAAGGGAGCAGCAUAGUUCAAAUUCCCAAGAGUUGUUUUUUUCAACCAGAUAACAGAGUUUGAAUAAAUGGAAAGUUACACCUUUACAAACCAAACUGAUUGAUGUUUAAACCAGUAUCAUUAGGCCGGGGCAAAAGGCUGUAGAAACACAUCUGUCCAUAGAAAAUAGCAUAUUGCAAUAUAUUUAAACCUCUUGCUAACCAAUGUAAACUAAAGUGAAAGUGGCCCAAUAGUGGGUAAGUGGUGAAUUGGGGGCUAGCACAGGCCGGUGGAUACAGCCCUGAUGUAGAUAUCAAAAGGCUACUUUCUAUUCCCAGCCCUGCUAUGGGCCCGCUGCUUGACUGUGAGCAGGUUACUUCACCUCUCAAUACCACAGUUUCCCUGUCUAUAAAACAGUGGUUCUUAACCUUUUUAGAGUCAAGGCUUUCCUGUAUAGAUUAAAGGCAUCCCUCAGAAAAUACCAGCCUUUAGUUUUCACCUGGUUUUUGAUUGCAGCAAAAUAAUAGAGCAGUUCUUCUGUUCCAAAGAAUUCAGAAGGACCACAACAGGGCAGAACACUUUUAACACUAUGGACUUCUAUUUGAAAUCUCUGUGUUUAUCAUGUGAAUCACAUUUGCAUGCUUGACAGUUCUAAAAUUGUACCUCAUCUUGCAGUGCCCUUGAAAAGAUCUCAAGGCACCCUAGGGUGCUGCAGCACCCUGGUUAAGAAACACUGCUAUAAAAUGAGGAACAUGAUGCAAACCUCCUUUGUACAGCUCUUUCAGCUCCCUGGGUGAAAAGUGUUAAUCAAGAGCUAAAAGUGGGCACAUCUACACAUGCAUUUACUAGGUUUACUGUGGUGUAAACUAAGCCAGAGAAAGAGUUCUUGGUUAGGUGUGUACAUAUGCAGGAAUUAGGGAGUAGAUUUGCUCCUAGUUCCCUGCAGCCCUGCAAUGGGCCCCUGCCACCACCAGGGGGAGCUAGCCCAGGGGCUGACAGGGAGCACUGGGCCAGGAGAUGCUGUCUCCUGGCCCAGGGAGAGCUGCCUGCUGCUGGGCUGGGGACAAUGUCCCCCUGCCCUGGAAGCAGGGAGCUCCUGGUCCUGGGUCCCUGAUCAGGGGUAUAGGGCUUGGAAAGUGCUGCAGGGGAGGGGUAUGUCCCAGUCCCCUGCCCCAAUCUGCUGAUGGGGUAGCUAGCAACUAGCUCAUUGCUAGCUGCCCCACCGGCAGAUUGGGACAGGGAGCUGGGACAUAGCCACCCCCUGCAGCUCUCUCCAUGCCCCAUGCCUUGAUCACCCAAUUGUGGCAUGAGGCUUGGACCUGCGCCUGACUGGGACAGUUCCUGGCCAGCUCUGGACUGCGCAGAGAAGUCUGCAUGUGCAGCCCAGAGCUGGCUAGAGACUGUCUGAAACAGGACUGUCCCCAGCCUCCUCCAGGCUGCUCAUGCUCCCUCACGCAGCCUGGGGCUAGCUGGGAACUGUCCUGGUCAGAGGUAGGUCCCAGUCAGCUCCAGGCUGGGUGGGGAACUGUCCCCAUGAAGGAGCUCCCAACCCCCUGCUCUCUGAUCACAAUGGUGGAUCAGGGACUGGGAGAUGAGGAUCUCCCAGCCUCUGCUCCCUGAUAGUGAUCUCAGGGCAAAGGGCUUGGAGCUCCCUGCUACCAGGGCAGUAGGACAUAGUUCCUGCCCAGGCUCCUAUGGCAGAGCCCACCCCAGCAGCAGGCAGCUCCCAGGAGCAGGGAACUGUCUCCUGCCCCCUGGUGGCUGGCUGACCCGGAGCAGAUUUUGCUCCCAGUCAGGUGUCUACAUGAGGGCUACAGUGCCAUUACUAAUGCCAAGUAAAUUUAAUACUUGAAUUUGCAGGUAGCAAAUUUACUCGGUAUUAGAGAGAUUUACUGUGAAGUAAGCAUGUGCACAUGUAGACGCACAUACUUACUUCACAGUAAACUAUGCUAAUGGAAAGUUAAGCGGCUCAUGUAAACGCACCCAGUGAUACUUAACCAAGAUAAGAGGCCACACAGCUUUUCACAGCAGUUCAACUAGAUCGGUGUAAAUUCACUCUUUCACUUAUACCAGGGCAACUUUUUCCUGUAGCCCUCAAUCCACCAUCCAUGAGUGGCAUGAACAUAGUAGCUGGUAGGUCUGCACUUACUGCAAGUGCAAGGAAGAAAGGGUGGUAGUAGAAAUUAGCCUUAGUCUGAAGCUGAAGUAUGGAAAAGCUAGAGACUCAUGAGUGAACACAGUUAUUAAACAAAUUACAGUAAUGUGUUCUACAUUGAUCUGCCUCUUACCUUUGCCACAAUAAAGGAAAAUAAUGAUAUAGUCUUUUCAAUCCAGGGAGCACAAGGUUCCUUUGCCUCAGUAACUUGUUUUAUAACCAGGCCAACAAUUUUCUGGGCUUAGUCCUUGGCUGGUGUGUACCAGAACAUCCAACCCUACUGACUUCAGAAGAGCUUUGUUGAUUUUCACACCAGCUAAGGCUCUGGACCUGGCAGUCAAACAUUGUAUUCGUUUUGAAUAAGAAUGUUUACAAGUUUCCAGAAAUAGCCCACUGCUCAUCCUGUAGUCACAUGUACUGCAAAAUUUCAGGUGAUCUCACAUAGGGUUUGAUCAGCAGGAAUCUUGGUUUUCCCUGAUAAAAGAAAUUGCAAAUUCUCUGAUUAAAACCCCCAAAUCCAUGAUUAAAAUGAAGGGCCACUAUAUAUAUAUAUGUGUGUGUGUAUGUGUGUGUGUAUCAGUUGAACACAAUGUUGUAUUGAUAUAUUUACAAUUUUAAAGCAAUUUGGAAGCCUACCAGUGCCUCAAUCACUAUAAUAAAAUAAAUUCUAAAGACCUAUAAAUUUUGGUAUUUCAUUU